UAGCCUGACGAUGUACAUGUCAGAAACUUCGGUAGCCACAGAGAUAAAGUUGCCAAACAAGUUGGCAGGUAAAAACCUACUCAAAAUGUAUCCAUUCAGCAAAUCUAAAGCCGUCAAAGAUGUUAGCCAUGACCAACAAAUCCGCUGUUUAAGUUAUCUGCCCUUAUGCAAGACUAAGUCACCGUACGCUAAGAGCCUGUACUUCAAACAAACUGACAAAGCGUUAGUCGUUAAUCACAUUGAGAAGUAUCUUUUGCACUGCCCCUCACUGACAACUCUUACCGUCCAAAAGGAACUGGUCAAUGUAGAAGGUUUUUCCAACAUUGCUCGAUGUUUUCUAUUUUCUCCAUCUCUCAGUGCAUUAACAUUUCGUGGCAAGAAGUCUGCAUUGCAGGAUGACAUUGAAACAAAUGCAAAAUCAUUUGCAAGAAGGUGUCUUGCUUUAUGUAAAGAGUUGAAUGUUUUGAAACUUACUUACUUAAAAGUUGUAAACUUACCUCCCCUCCCCAACUUGGAGGAGAUAGAUCUCAGUCACAAUAACAUUAGUGAUGAAGCACUGUCUGGUCUGGUUGAAGGUCUUGGUUCAUGUCAGUACCUGAAGAAGGUGAAACUUGAUUAUAACAGUUUGUCAACCUGGGGAGACUUCUUACCUUUCCUCCCCAACUUGGAGGAGAUAAAUCUCAGUUACAAUAACAUACGUGACGAGGCAUUGUCUGGUCUAGCCAAAGGCCUAUUUUCAUCUGAGAGUUUGACGACUGUUAAUCUCACCCACAAUGAAAUCUCCAAUAAGGGAGCAUUGUUGUUACUUCUACAAGGGAGACACAAACAGCUGCAGUUGACAAUUGGAAUGAAUGAAAUAUCUGGUGAUCUUGUAUCUCUCCUCUGUAACUUGAGGGAUACUAGCGAGGUAACAAAACUUGAUCUCAUGAAAAAUAGAUACCUAUGCACUAGUGAUGUCCACCUUCUACUGCAGUUCCUCCCUCAGCUGCCCAACCUGCAGGAGUUAGCACUUUGUGUCAGCUGUCAGGGGGAGGAGGAGGCUGAACACAUCAACCAGCUGUAUGGUGUUCGGCAUCUGUUGAAGAAGCUGAAACUAAAGGACUGUUCGUUGGAAAACAUGAUAAAACUCUCAACUCAGAUGUUUCAACACCUGACUCUGUUAGAAGCGAUAGAUCUCAGUAACAAUGCCAUUAGUGAUGAGGCAGUGCCUGGUCUUGUGGAAGGUCUUGGUUCAUGUCAGAACCUGAAGAAGGUGAACUUUAAUUAUAACAGGUUGCAUAACAGGGGAGACUUCUUACCUCCCCUCCCCAACUUGGAGGAGAUAGAUCUCAUAGGCAACGUCAUUAGUGACGAGGCAGUGCCUGGUCUUGCUGGAGGUCUUGUUUCAUGUCAGAAGCUGAAGAAGGUGCACCUUAGUGAAAACAAGAUGUCUGAUGUUGGAGAACUGAUAAACACCUUUAUCAACCUUCCCAUCCUGACACGUGUAGAUAUUGCUUUCAACUCCAUCCGUGACGAGUCUCUCCCCGCCAUACAUGUAGCUGCAUGGCUGAAGGUUAGCACAGCUGUGGAGACAGUCAGGCUGGACAAUAACGGGUUCAGUGCUGAAGGAGUCCGAGAUUUUGUGAGAACCAUGAAGGGCAAGGCUUACUGGCGGCAUUUUGGUGUCCUCCUGUAUGACGGCAGCCUGGCUGAUGUGGGCGAGUCUGUGGAAUCAGGUGGGGAGGGUGCACUGAGGGAGGAACAGCAGUGGGAGAGGUUGAGGGGGGAUACAGGUUUGAUUUAUGUGAAGGCCAGACAACUGACAGUUUGGAUUGAUCAUAAAGGUCCCAGGUCAAAUAAUACACAGCUAGCAUCGCCUUAA